ACAAACAUCCAGAGUCCUUUCCUUCCUCCUACGUUUUUGGGGGUUACAAAAAACCAAUCAUCACAUACAUACAUACAAUGGCGGCUUUCAAGGUUACUACUAGGAACCACCAGCAGCAGCAGAAGAAGAAGAGCUCUUCCUGUCUCUGCUACUUGCUCAAGUUGUUGAUGGUUGUGGGCUUGCUUUGUGCUCUUAUUGGGUCGACUGACGCGGCCCGGCCCGUGCCGGCCGAUCAUCAUCAUCAACGGCGGGAGGUGGUUGUUGUUGUUGCGGCGGCGGUGCCAGGAAAGGGAAAGGGGAUGAGUGAAGAAAGUGUGAGGGGACUUGUCACAAUGCUGCCUAAAGGAGCUCCAUUGCCACCUUCCGGCCCCAGCCCUGGCAUCAACUGAUGUCUGAUGAUCAUCAUCGAUUCAUCAUCUUCCACCUCCAAUUUUGGACUUCUUUAUUCAAAUUCCCAACCUCCCUUUCGUUCUUUUUUUUACCCUUUUACACCUUAUUAUGACAAUCGAUCAGAGUUGUAGCUGCAGAAAGAGUAUUGGUUAAUUAUAACUAGCUAGGUUAUACAAGCUUAAGUAUAGACAGAGAGCUUCAUCAAUGUUUCUCGUUUGACUAGAGUUAUUUGUUAUUCUUUUCACCCCAUGUCAUGCAACACAAAGAUUAAUUGCAGAUUAUGAGCUAUACUUACAUUCACCAUUUUUAUUGUUCUUGUUAGUUACUAUUUCUCGUUGCUUGAUGCUUCUCAAUGGUAUCUCACCCUCUGAAAUAUAAGUAUUACUUUUUA